AUGCGAAGGGUCAGAAGCCAGGAUAGACUUCAAGGCUUUGACCCCGAACCUGAGAGAACAUUUCACAGGAGGCAGAGGGAAGCAAGGGACACAUAUAAUCUUCAAGCACUUGUUCAAUUUUCUGUGGACAUGGCAGAGGAGCAACAUAUGUCUGUUCAGGAGGUGGCGAUGCCUAGCAUUGCUAAUGUCACCUCCAGCAUUGUGAAGCCCAGAAUUACUGGGCACUUUGAGCUGAAACAUAGCAUGAUCCAGCUACUGCGAAUGGUCAGCGAAGAAAAGCGGUGGUUGAAGGCGAAACCAGCUAAUUCUAUAACAUCAUGGAAUGAUCUGGCGAGCUUGGGGAGGUUCAAGGGGAUGCUAAGAGACUGUCCUCAUCACAAUCAUACAAAUGAAGUGUUAGCUCACACUUUCAUAGAAGGGCUACAACCUGAGACAAAUAUUGUGGUGGAUGCUGCAGUGGGAGGUCAAGUGUUGGAGAAAAACUUCGAUGAGAUAUAUGCAUUAUUGAACAAAUUCUCCAAAAGCAAUCCUGACUGGCAAGGAGAGAUGGGAAGACAUACAGUGCAAGAAUCUGUGGGGGUUCUCGAGUUAAAUGUCGUCUCCGCAUUAUUAGCGCAGGUUGCCACAUUAGCCAACCAAGUCAAUAAGAUGACCUUGGUUAUUAACAAGCAACAAGCUCAGCCAGUACAACAAGUUCAAAUAUUUUGUGAAGUAUGUGGAGAGGGUCACACGAGCGACUUAUGCCCAGUUAAUUCAGAGUCUGUCUAUUUUGUGGGUAAUGCAAAUAAGGUCCAGACAAAUCAGUAUGGAAAUACUAACAAUCCUAACUCGAGGAACCACCCAAACUUCUCUUGGGGUGGAAACCAAGGUGCUCAGAAUCAGUACAGGCCACAAGCUCAGGCAGCAGCCCAUGCUACAGCGAUUCGAAAUUUGGAGAGACAAGUGGGGCAACUUGCCAGUACCCAAAAUACUCGAUCAGUUGGAGCUCAUCCAAGCGAUGCUGAGGCUAAUCCUAAGGCAUCUAUUAAUGUUCUGUCAUUGAGGAAUGGGAGACAGUUAGAAGAAGUCCCACCGAAAAAGAGAAAGCAAGUGACCUUUACUAAGAAACCGGCCACCAUAGAAACAGAAUCAGAAAAAGCAAAGGAGUCAGAAAAGCCAGUUGAAGAGGCGGUGGCUAAGCAACCCCCACCAUUAGUUGCAAAGCCACCACCUCCGUUCCCUCGAAGAUUGCACAAAGUGAAGGAUAAUGUCGCUUAUAAAAAGUUUCUUAAUAUUUUGAAGCAGGUACAAAUUAAUAUUCCGCUGGUAGACAUCUUGCAAGAAGUGCCCAAAGAUGCCAAAUACAUCAAGGAUAUUGUGGCGAAUAAGAGGAGGUUAAUAGAGUUUGAGACUGUGGCACUCACUGAAGAAUGUAGCUCAAGAAUUCAAAGCAUGCUAGCUUAG